UCUUCUAAUCUCGUAGUUUUCCACUCCGCAUUUUCCGUAGAGCCCAAACGACCUCAAAGUCGUACUGAUUCGAGCAAAUGAAGUUGAAGAUCAACAAGGUCUGCGAUCUCAGCUCCAUCUCCGUCCUUCCUCCUCACACAAGGAGACCAAAUGCUGUACCAAAUGGACAAGCAUCACAGCUUCGAUCUCAACCAUCAGACCAGUCAUACUCUCAGGGACUCUCAUCUCAGCAUAACAUGUUUUCUCAACUGUCUCAGAACUCCCAAUGUGACAUUCUCACAAACGAUCAGAGGUUUGGUUCUCAAGAACGAGCGAAUUCUGCUAAGAAAGUUGCUUACUUACCCCUAAGUAGUCAUGCACGUGAUGAGAGUCAAGUGCAGAUCUCAAGAUCAUCCACCAACCUCAUGCGCAAGUGGAGUUCCGCUUCAGUUUUAGAUCGUGAAUGUCUGAAUAGUGAGGAAUUUGAACACCGGAUUGGAGUGAUGGAAACUUCAUUAAAUAAGUUCGGAAUGAUCUUGGAUUCUGUCCAGAGUGAUGUCAUGCAAGUAAACAAAGGGAUGAAGGAUGUUUCUAUGGAGAUGGAAGUAAUGCGGCAGAAGUUGAUGGCUCAGGAUCACUUAUUGCAGUUAAUGAUUAAGGGGCAAGAAGAUUUCAAAACUAGCCUUGACGGAGGCAUCAAGUCUAUUUCUGAAGAAGUGAGCAAAAUUACCUAUCAAGACAAAUUACAGGAGAUUUCCUUGGCGCUUUCAGCCUUACCAGAAAAGAUAGGAGUCACUGAAGCAACUUUACUGAAAUCACAAAACAAGCUGCACGAAUCCUUUGUCAAGGAAAUGCAGAAAUUUCCUUGCAGCCAGAAUCAGAGUACCUCCAUUCAAAUAUGUGAAGCACCCUCUAUAGUUCCACCAAAGGGCGCUGCCUAUUGUGCCAUUGCACAAGGAAAUCCACAGCCUAAUAAAGGUGUUUGGCCCUCUGGGAAAUUUAAAAAGCCUCGUCUUGAUUCCAGUUCAGCUGUGCCUCCGAAGGUUGGUGUACAAGCAGUUGUAGUUCCAAAGAUUGAAACAGGAGGCUGGAAGUCUGUAAAGGUAAAAAGAUCCACUGUGAGUGAUAAUGGGUUGCGGAAAGCACAAAAGCCUAGCAGAUUUACUUCCAUUCAACAGGAAAGAGAAUGCCGAGUUAUCAUUGAAUCAGAUGAGGAGAUUGAUGAAGCUUUUUCCUGCUUGUUUGGUGAGAAGGAAACAGGCGUAGAUAUGGCUAAGGAGGUAAUGGAAGAGACCGAUAGGAUCUUGAGGAGGGCAAGAAGGCGAAAGAGAAAAUGCAGCAACACUAUAAUUAUUAUCUGAAGGCAGUGGAUGUCUCCUCCCAUGUGCUGGGGGCAUAAUCCAUAACUGCAACAUUAGGUGGUUGGAUCGCUUUUGGUAUGUCCCAUUGUUCACCUUCUUUUUCUUUCCCCUUUUCUAUACUUUGUACCUUCCACUCCAGAUCUUACAACGUGAAUAAAAUUAACCAA